GACCAACAUGGACCAAGAAGACAAUGCUCUCAGGAGGCCGACAAACCUCACAGAAGAAAGGGAGACAAAACCUACAGCUGUGAUGAGUGUGGAAAGUGUUUUACCCAGGCUGGAAACUUAAAAAACCACAAAAUCGUCCACAGUGGGGUUAAAGCAUACAACUGUGACUUGUGUGGAAAGUCUUUUACCCAGGCUGGAAACUUAAAAAAACACAAAAUCAUCCACAGUGGGGUUAAAGCGUACAACUGUGACUUGUGUGGAAAGUCUUUUACACAGGCUGGAUCCUUAAAAACACACCAACUCAUCCACAGUGGAGUUAAAGCAUACAGCUGUGACUUGUGUGGAAAGUCUUUUACCCUGGCUCAAAACUUAAAAAGACACCAACUCAUCCACAGUGGAGUUAAAGCGUACAGCUCUGAGUUUUGUGGAAAGUCUUUUACCCAGGCUGGAGACUUAAAAGAACACAAACUCAUCCACAGUGGAGUUAAAGCAUACAACUGUGUCUUGUGUGGAAAGUCUUUUACCCAGGCUGGAUCCUUAGAAAGACACCAACUCAUCCACAGUGGAGUUAAAGCAUACAGUUGUGAGUUGUGUGGAAAGUCUUUUGCCCUGUCUCAAAACUUAAAAAUACACCAACUCAUCCACAGUGGAGUUAAAGCGUACAGCUGUGAGUUUUGUGGAAAGUCUUUUACCCGGGCUGGGGACUUAAAGAAACACCAACUCCUCCACAGUGGAGUUAAACCUUACAGCUGUGAGUUGUGUGGAAAGUCUUUUGCCCAGGCUGGAAACUUAAAAAACCACAGAAUCGUCCACAGUGGAUUUAAACCUUACAGCUGCGACUUGUGUGGAAAAUCUUUUACCCUGGCUGGAAACUUAAAAAACCACAGAAUCAUCCACAGUGGAUUUAAACCUUACAGCUGCGACUUGUGUGGAAAGUUGUUUACCCAGGCUGGAAGCUUAAAAAAACACCAACUCCUCCACAGUGGAGUUAAACCUUACAGCUGUGACAUGUGUGGAAAGUCUUUUACCCAGGCUGAAGGCUUAAAAAAACACCAAGUCAUCCACAGUGGACUUAAAUCUUACAGCUGUGACUUGUGUGGAAAGUCUUUUGCCUGGGCUGGAGACUUAAAAAAACACCAACUCAUCCACAGUGGAGUUAAAAUGUACAGCUGUGAGUUGUGUGGAAAGUCUUUUACCUGGGCUGAAGGCUUAAAAAAACACCAAGUCAUCCACA